AGAAAUCCCAUUAUCAGAUACGAUACUUGAAGUAACCCAAGCUGCACUGAGUGAAGAGAGUACAACCUCUGCAAAUUUCUUCAACUCUUCAUCCUUCUAUUUUUACCUUCAUCAUGUCAAACUCAUCCGAGAACGUCGUCAUCGUCGGCGCUGGUAUUGUUGGGUCUGCAUUGGCCCAUUUCUUGUCUGCAUCAUCUACCAAGCGGAAAAUAACCCUCGUCGAUCGCUCUCUCAAGGCGCUUGUCGGAUCUACUGGCCAUGCCCCUGGCUUCGUGGGCCAGUUCAACGAGUCCGAGGUACUUACCCGACUCGCCAUCGACACAGUCCAGGAAUACACCAAAAUUCCAGGUGGUUUCAACACCGUUGGCGAGUUGGAGGUAGCUUACAGUACCUCCGGAAUUGACAGGCUGAAGUCAAGGUGCCUAAAAGCUGCCAGCUUAGGUCUCCCUGGCGAGAUUGUUAGCAUUCAGCGAGCAACGGAACUUGCCCCGGAUCUCGUCAAGGCGUCGGAUUCAGGAGCCGCACUUCACUUCUCAACAGAUGGAACCGCAAAUGCGGGCAGAAUCACAUCCUAUUAUCAAGAAUGUGCCAAGAAUUCCGGCGUGGAAUUUUUAGAGAGGGAUGUGACCAAACUUCUCGUCUCGGGAGGCCGUGUCGCUGGUGUCGAAACACAGCAGGGGGGUACCAACCAACAACUCCAUGCUGACAGAGUCAUCUUGGCGACAGGAAUCUGGGCUCAGGAACUUUGCAAGAGCCUCGACUUUCCAAUCCCCGUCGUUCCCGUCGGCCAUCCCUACAUGCAUGGCGAAACCAGGAAAGUGAACACCCAGACUUCGCCCUUUGUGCGAUGGCCAGAAGCACACGUUUACGCAAGAGAUCACGGAGAUUGCUACGGAAUCGGAACUUACAACCACAAACCUAUCCACUACGAGCCCACGAAUGGUACAGCCAUCGGCAACUGGAUUCCCGAUUUUGAAGAUCCCUUGAAAACAGCGAUAUCUUUCCUGCCGGAGGCCACAGGGAGCGAGUUUCAGGCCGGGAAAAGCUUCAAUGGCAUCUUCUCAAUGACUCCUGACAAUAUGCCACUGGCAGGCAAGGUUGAAUCUGUCCAUGGGCUAUACUUGGCAGUUGCAGUUUGGGUCACACAUGCUGCGGGCACUGCCAAAUUCAUCACCAAGAUCCUGAAUGAGGAUGAGGUGGACCAGGCCUCUAGGGAUGCUUUGCAGCCAGAGCGGUUCCGCGGACAGGACUUUUCAGCGCUGCAAGAAAAGUCGCUUUGUGGGUAUAAUGAAAUUUACAAAACUGUUGGAGCUGAUGAAACGGCUCUGUGAGAGACGGGGUGAAAGGAGUCGAAGGUGAAGCAGAGAAGUAGGGCCUAACGACUUGAGCGAACAUAUACAGUGAAGCGUUACAAGGCUUUACAACUGAAUUAGCCACAGGAAGCUCUUUGAAUACUCGUUUGGUACACUACUCACCGACGUUAUUGCGGUCGAAUAUUUUUGUUUCCCAAUGUCACGUGGAAAUUUAUGCGUUCGAGCCGUUAUUCUCCAUUCCCACCACCAUUCCCUGGCUCACCAACCACGCGCAGCUAGUCAAUGCGCCAUUUUAUGAGCCUCAACUCUUUAAUUUUGCGAUUCUUAUUCAUUAUUAGAAUUCUGUUCCGUUAGAAUUGCUUGUGGUGAU